AAAUUAUCUUUAUAUUUACUUAAACAUAAAUAAGACUACUUCCUUAAUAUCCACCCUGUAUAUGAGAUUAUACAAUCUUCAGAUUUCUUCAAAGACAGGAUGCCAUCUACUCUAGGUCUCGAUAGUAAACUCUUCAAUUCAUCAUCAAAUCUUAUUGAGUCACCUUCCAUUGUGCCUCCCGUGUUGCUUUGUCUGCUAGGAGUUGCUGGCAAUGGUAUUGCCGUAAUCGUAGUGUGUUGCUCAAUAAAGCCCCAUCAGUGGCGACCAUUUUAUCGCUUUGUGUGCGGACUUGCUGUAACAGAUGGCUUCGGUGUGAUGUUGGCGGUACCUUUUGCUAUCGUUAGAUACGCAACAAACUUCGAGUACAGCUAUUCGCAGACUGUAUGUGAUUACAUGGCUGUCAUUCAAAUGUUUACAUUAAUGGCUUCUGCAAUGAUUGUUUGUACAAUGUCCAUAGAACGAUUCUUGGCUCUUUUAUUUCCUUACGAAUUUCAGUGUUUGACAAGAGGCAUUCGAAGCACUGCAGUAUUAAUAUGUAUUUGGGUGGUGUCAGCUUUCUUAUCGUCUGGUCACCUGAUGGUGGGAAGACCCAGUAAACGAUUUUAUCCGGAUUCGUGGUGUUUCGUUGAUUUCGAAUCCCAGGAUGCAACAGAUCGAGGAUUUUCUUACCUGUAUGUUUUGUUGGGACUUCUUGUGCUGUUUACUACCUGUGUUAGUAAUGUUAUUCUAAUGCUGGUAAUCUUGAAAAAGAAGGGGGCUUAUUACUUCACAAGUGUUGCAAACAAACAUGGGACUCGCAUAAUUCUUUUCCUAUUCUCUGUCGUGCUACUCUGUGUCAUAUGCAGUUUGCCAAUACUGAUACAUAUGCUCGGGAGUCUUUCUGGAACUUUUAAAGGUACACCAAGAUUUGAAUUGCUUGGAAUAGAAAUGGCAACAACUAAUUCAACCAUUGAUCCGUGGAUUUAUAUUAUCUUCCGCAAAGAAUCAUUUAUCUUUUUCUGUGGAAUAUAUAAUAAAUUAACGUACAUCCGGUGUAAUUCCAGAAAAAAGGAACUUCAGAUGCAAAGUACUGAAGCUCGAAUGGAAUUGGAUAGUUUGACUACAGUGUCAGUGGAGAAAUAACCGUAUAGAUA